CGCAACCUUGCCAAUUGCACAUACCUUGCCAAUUGUGGCAUUUUGCGCUUUGCGCUGCUGCUCUUGCUUGCUUGCACGCACCAGGAACGCAGACAGGCCAGAAGAAGGAUGCGAGUGGCCAGGACGACAGGGAUGCUGCCCACCGAGCCCACCAAGCCCACCAAGCCCACCAACACACGCCGAAGCUCCGGCGGGGAUAUGAUGGCGGCUAUGGCGGUGGUGCUCGCCGUGUGCUGCUGCUGGUGGGGCAUGCUCGAAACACAGGCAGCGACGAUGAAGGAGGACGACUGGGGCAACUUGCACGUGAACACAACCGACCCGCUGACCACGCGCGUGCUGUUGAAUGGGGUGGACGUAGCGCAGGAGAUGCUGGAGCUGCGCCAGCAAGCAGAGAGGAUGAACCGCGUGCUGACGUGCCUCAGGCGUGGCGACGGCGGUGUGGACGAGACGACCAUUGACGGCCUCGGCGAUGACGCCGCCAAGUGGCGCUCCACAGUCCUGGCACACAAUGGCAAGGUGUAUGGAAGCCCGUACAGCUCAUCCAUCGUGCCAAUCAUCGACCCACGCACCAACACAGUCGACCUGACGUCCAUCACCGACGUUGGCUCGGCCGAAAACAAGUGGACAGGCGCAGCAGUCGCGCCAAACGGCAAGAUCUACUGUGUGCCGCAGGAUGCCACAUCAGUGCUCAUCAUCGACCCGGAAACCAAGACGGUGGACACGACCUCCAUCAAGGGCUUCGUCUCCGGUCAAGACAAGUGGGAGGACGCCGUGCUUGCUCCAAACGGCAACAUCUACGCCGUGCCCGACAACGCUGACGCUGUGCUGGUGAUUGACACGGAGACGGACCAGGCCACAACCAUCAGCGUGCGUUCCGGUGACAACAAAUGGUUCGGCGCCGUCCUUGCAGACAACGGCAAAAUCUAUGCGGUGCCAGCCAGCGAGCGCGCGGUUCUCAUCGUGGACCCGACCACCGACACCGCAGACACAACUACCAUCAAAGGCCUCUCCUCCGACGAGUACAAGUGGGUCUCCGCCGUGCUCGGCAGCAACGGCAAGGUCUACGGCAUUCCGUUCAACGCCAAAUCCGUGCUCGUCAUCGACCCCGCAACAAAUGCCGUUGACACCACCACGCUUGGCGACCUGUCGUCCGCGCCCAACAAGUGGGUUGGCGCCGUCCUUGCCCCCAGCGGCCCAUACAUCUUUGCCACCCCGCACAGCGCCUCCUCGAGCCUCAUCAUCAACACCAGCACAAACACGACUGACAUCACGUCCAUCUCCGUCUCUUCAGUCGAGUACAAGUGGAAUGGCGCUGUUGCCGCACCAAACGGCAACAUCUACAUGCUGCCCCACGACCACCACACCGCCCUCGUCCUCGAUCCCUUUUGCUUCGUUGCCCUGUGA